AUGUCUCUCGGACGCCGGAAAACGCCGUCAUUAUCAUUGACCGCAAUCUUUGCGCUCCUUCUCACAAUUUUCACAAAUAUCGCUUUCGCCAGCAGCAAUCCCUCGUCAAACCAAGACACUCAAGACAAGGACAGCAACGAGCUGAUAUGCCACACCGACAACCCUGAAGAAUGUUACCCUAAAAUAUUCGUACCCACAGAUGAGUUCCAGGCUGUCCAGAAAGACCAGGAGAUCCCUCAAGGUCUCCAUGUCCGACUCAACGUCACAUCGGGCCAGCUCGAGGCCAAGAUCAACGUGGAAGGCGAGGUCCCCGAGGAACUAAAGGGUCUAUCGCCCGAGGAACAGGCCGUCCUGGUCGUCGAGCCUGAGCAGCCCGAGGAGCCACAAGUACCAAAGGGAGCCCCAGUGUACGAACCCGUCGGCGCUGUCAAGAAGCCGCAGCACGAGGCUGGGUAUUUCUACGACGUCCUCUCCAUGAUCAAGGAUCCGGCGACGCGGGACACCACGUAUGACGAUGCAUUGGAGUGGCUGGAGGACCUGAGUCACGACAUGUACUAUGGCCUCAAGCUCACCGAGGACACGCAAGCGGUCAAGGAGCUACUGUGCCUCAUGAGCGACGAUGCGCAGCCUGUGGAGGAGGGCUUCGUGCCUAGGGAUCAGCGUGCGGCGACAAUUGUCGCGGCCGCGUUGUCCAACAACCCUCCCGCUCUGCAAAAAGUCGCCGAGCAAUGGUCGGAACUCAAGGGCAUGACCUGCCUCGUCACUCAAAAGCCGUUGAGUGAAGGGUUUUCCGGCCGCCAGUUCAUCCCCCAGGGUGACGCCGUGCAUGACCCUUCCUCGCCAGGGCGCGUCAAAGCCAAGGUGAGCGUGGUGAACAACAUGAUGAAGAACGACGAGCUCCGGAAAGAGUUUGUCGACAGCGACAUGAUGAAGUAUCUGCUCGAGGUUCUUGUCCCGACGACGCCGUCUUGGACGUCGGCACAGAGAAAAGUGGGCCAGCUGGCGCUGGACAACUUUUUGGACGAGGACAUGGGCGCUGUUCUCGGGCAGUGGCCCGCGGACAAGGUCCAGAUGGACAAGGUGUGCAAAGAAGGAUCGAUGGAGGAUGGAUGCUGGGACUACAGAGUCAAUGAGAUUGCCCAGAACCACAAGGGCGACGACAGCCACUGGAGUGGGGAUUUGGCGAGGAGGCUGGCCGACGCCAGGAAGACACAGGCUAGAAAAGAGCCAGCUCGCGACGAGAAACUCCGCGCCUUUUGCACAUAUUGUCUGGCGCCUGGGACGCCCAAGGCAUGCACACAAUGCCAUGCAGCCUACUACUGCCACCAGAGCUGCCAACGUGCCCACUGGCGGGACGUUCACGCCAAGGAAUGCAAGCCCUUGACCAAGAUGGGCCAGCAGCGCGCAAUGAGCCUGCCGACCCAAGUCCGUCUGCUCAUGCAAUGUCUUCUCGAGGGGAAGAAUCUGGACACGUUGCGAGGGAGUGGAGACAAGAGCCCGGAUAUCGAGAUGAUGGCCAUGGCUGGCGUGGCGUAUGCAGGGCUCGAGACGUCAGAGGCGAAUGUGAAGAGGGCAUGUGACAUUGUUGCAAAGAUCCAAACCAACGCUUUCAACUGGGCGGACGACGAGGCAGGGCAGAUUGGCGUCUUCCUGGAGCCGACCUUUGCCAUGAUGAACCAUUCCUGUACGCCAAAUGCCAUGGUACAAGUGGUUGGGCGCAAGAUCAUUCUUCGCGCAGAGAGUGACAUCAAGGCUGGCGAAGAGAUUGAGAUCUCAUACACAGACUACACAUGGCCCAAGAAGAUGAGAGCCGCCGCUCUCAAGAGCUACCAUUUUAAUUGCCAGUGCCCACGAUGCAAGGAGGACCUCAAUGUCUAUCAAGUCUGCGCCGCGACAGAAGGCAACGACCUCGACAUCUUCAGCCUGGCGCUCGGCGCCUCGUCCAUCAGACAACACCCGGCCGUGACGAACCCUAACACAGCGAGAGCCGCCAGCAAAUUAUCAGAAGAGCUAUGCUCGCUGACGAAAUUCUCCCACGCCGGUCAGUACGAUCUCACGGCUCUCUUGUCGCGCCUGCAUCGCUGCAAUCCCCUCGUCGAAAAGGGUCUUUGGGCCGUUUUCCCCUUACCGAACAUUCUGAGCGAAGUCGCAACGACGUUAGCUCAGCGCGGUUCUUUUCCGCAGGCACUCGCUAUAACGUGUCUCGUAGCAACCUCGAGUGAUCCGCAUCGGUAUCCAGCGGCUUUCUAUCCGGUGCGGCUGCGAGCGCUCUAUUUCAUCGCCAAACUUCUGUCGCACACGGCGGCUGACACUGCGUCUCCCGCACCGACUGGCUUGGGCAGUGCGAUGCAGACAGCGCUGAAUGAGAUUGAUCAAGUGGCAUUGUGUCAGAUGCUGCUCAUGAUGGUCAUUCGACUUGCGCCGCCGGGUUUUGCCCAGGAAUGGGACCUGGCGAAAGACGCCAAUGAGUUGCUCUAUGAGAUAAACCAGCUUCCCGGCCGGGAUAGGGAGGUCUCGCUGAUCCAGAGUUGGAUUCAGAAUCCGACGGAUGAGCAGUCAAGAGCGUUCUUCAAGUUUGCCGUGGUUGAUCCCGUCCAUACGCUGGCUGACCUCGGCAAAACGGUCAUCUCGGAGCUUAUAGUGUUUUGA